AUGGAAAAUUAAGUAUAUAAAUUGGAUUCUAGUGGUAAAUUUAAAUAUUAAAGAUCUGUAAUAUAUAUUUCUGAAUUUACCUACUUAACAAUUAGUUAAUUAUAAGUGUCACAUUGGAUUCAAACAAGUGAUUCGUUUUUAAUUAUAAGAUGCGAUUCUUGUGUAUCUAAUUUCAUUUAAAUAUCAGAAUUAAAAAUUGAAGAUUAUUCUAGUUAUAAUAUACUCAAUUAUAUAAAUCCAGCAAUAUUCAUUCAAAUAGAUGCUGAAGUUAAUAUCAAUAUAACGAAUUGCAACUUUAAAAGAUGCAACUUUUGGUCUCCAUCACCAAAUAAUGAGAUGAUGGAAGCAGCAUUAAUGAGAAUUAAAUCACCUAAAUCUAAAGUAAUUUUUGAUGAGUUAACAUUUAAAAUAGCAAAUGUAUAUAACUCAUCUAAUUCAAUUGUUGUUGUUGAUGCCACGACUAUUUUUAUGUUCAACACUCAAGUAGAUGAUAUAAAUACUCAAAAUGCUAUUGGUUAAUUGUAUUCAACUUGUGGAUUUGUAAUUUUGAUGGCAGAACAAAUUAGAAUUAUUAAUACAAUUAUGAGCAAUAUUAAUAGUGCAUAAUAUGGAUUUUUUUAUAAUCAACUUAAGUAACAAGGAAAAAUUUAUGUAUAAAAUUGUAUUUUCAAUAACACAAAACUAGCAAACACGAAUUUGUAUAUAACAUAAUUAGGAGGAAUUUUUACAAUUGAUGGAAGAUUAUCUAUGUUAUAGCUUAGUUUUAUAAAUAUUACAGCAGUAAAUAUAUAUGCAGAAAAAAAAGCAGCCUUUUUAUAUUUAAUACCAUCUUCAAUUUCAAAUUAGGUAUAUAUGAAAAAUUUAAGCUUUAAAAACUUAAUAUCAGCAGAUAAUUUGUUUUGCAGACUCAAAUUUCCCUCUAAUAGUUAAAAUAAUAAAAUUGUAAUAGAUUAAAUUUCGAUUAAUAAUAAUGAGAAUAGCACUCUUUUAUAAUAGCUUAUCGGAAAUUUAAGAAAAGGGCAAAUUGUAAGUAAUUAUGAAGGUCUUAUUUCAACUUCUUUUAGGUAUUUAUAAAGUAUAAUCUAGUUCUGUUUUAAUUAAUGAAUUUACAUAUGAAGGUUAUUUAACUCAGCCAAUUUUUAUACUAAAUGUAAUUUAUAGUCUAAAAAUUAGCAAUCUUAAAUUUGUAUCAUUAUCUAUAUUAAAUCAACUUGAAUAGUUGAUUGAUAUAGAUAUUUAAAAUGCAGAUUUGGUCUUUAUGCAAAAUUUCUAAUUUGAGAAAAUGAAUUUGUUGUAUUAAAUAGAAUAUUUCUUGAAACUUAAUUGCACAUCAGUUAAAAACCCAAUCAUAUCAAAUUCAAUUUAUUUCAUAAAUAACUUCUGUUCUUAAUGCUAAAAUGGAUAUAUGGCUAUUUUCAAUAAUCAAAAUUAAUCUAAAGUUAUAAUGACUGAUUGCAUAUUUUAUAACAAUAAUUGUGGUGUAUAUGGCUGUUUAAUUUUCGAAAAUCUUUAAUUAAAAAUAUAAAAUUCUGUUUUUAUAAAAAACUAAGGCCAAAAUAAUGGAAUUUUAUAGGGAACUUAAAGUGUGUUAUUAAUUUAGAACAGUAUCCUGAAAAAUAACUAGAUAAUGAAUAAAGCAGGGGCAAUAUUUUUAAAUAGAUCUAUAAUUGAUGCUUAAAAUUUGCUAAUUGUUAAUAAUUCAGCUAACAUUGGAGGAGCAAUUUAUUGUGAGAACUCUUAAAUCAAUAAGUAAACAAGAGGAAAAAUCUUAUUUAAAGAAAAUUAUGGAUUAUUUGGAUUUAAUAAUAUUCGAGAGUAUGCUGAUUUUUUAAAACUUAAUAUGUUUGGUUUUACAAUAAAUAAUACAAGAGAAAUCUAAAAGGAUGAAAUUUUUGAUACUCCAACUUAUAUAGUAAAUCAUAAUAAAAUGAGAAUUAACAAAACGUUUAUUGAAGUAGCUAGUGGUUAAAAAUUGAAUGAGUUUUAAGUGUUCGAUAAAAUUUCAAUGUAAUAUUCAAAUUACACUAUAUCAUUAUAAAUCGAAUAAUAUACUUAAUUAGGUGAGAAGAUUAUUUAAGAUUAUGGAGAUAAAUGUUUGAUCACAUAAUAUUAAAUUAAUUCUGAGCUAAAUUAAACUAACUAUGAAAUAAUAUCAUCAUCUGCAAAAGAAAAUAUGACUUAAUUAUAGUUUGAUCCAAUCUGGGAAUCAUAUAAACUGGAUAAUUUCACUUUUUAUUUGGAUCCCUAUUCUAAUUAAUCAAUAUAUUUGAUGGUUUUAAUAAAAUGUGAACAAAUGUCUCAAAAUUACAAUUUCAUCUUCAAAAUAAAAACACUACCUUGUGGAAUUGGAGAAUAUUAUAGUAACAAAUAGUGUUUAAAAUGUGAUUAUGACAAAGGGUAUUUUUCAGUAACAAAAAACUCUUAAGAAUGUUAAAGAUUAGAUCCAACUAAAAUGAAGUCAGUGACUUCUUAUUAAAUAGAAUUACUCUCAGGAUUUUGGAGGCUUUCUUAUUACUCUAAUUAUAUUGAGUAAUGUGAGAACCCUAGUUCGUGUUUAGGAGGUUGGAAUGUGAACUAUGAAUCAUGUUCUGUAGGAUAAAUCGGAGCUAUUUGCAAUGAAUGUGAUAUUUACAAUAUUAGAGGAUAAUCUUCUUAUAUAAAAUCUUUAUCAGGAGUGUGCUAGAAGAAUGAAAAAUAAAAAGAAAUCUAUUUAAUCACCUUUGUUUUAAUGUUAUUGUAAUUAAUAAUUUGAUAUUAGCACUUUUAUUGUGACAUAUGUGAUAUCCUUUCUUAAAUCUGAGAUGCACAUAAUGUAUAAAAGAAUGAAAUACAUGACAAUACAUCACAGGAUAUUAUUUCAAUGUGAAAUAGGUACAUAUUUAAUGAUUCUGAAGAUUAAUUGAAUACAAGUUUAAAAUUGUUAAUAAAUUUCAUGUAAAUUUUAUAUCCAAUACUGCCGCACUUAAAAUUUAAUGAGGAUUUUGCAGACCUAGCUUGGCCAAUUGGAAAGUCAUCAAAAACAUUAUUAUUUUUAAUUAAUUUUGUGGCUGAUAGCUUCGAGAUAGAAAUUCCGUACUUAAAAAUGGUUUGGGCAAUGCUUAUUCCAAUAUUUUAGAUGAGUAUUCUGUUGUUCUUUUAUGCUUCCAUUUAGAGGAUUAACAACAACUCUCAUAUAUAACUAAUGUUUAUUUAAUCAUCAUUUAUCUUUUUGGUUUUCUAUUCGAUUCCAAAUAUAAUGGAAGAGUAUUAAGAUUUAUACAUAUAUAUAGAUUAACUAUUGUUCUUUAGAGAAGAAACAUUGCUAAUAUCGAUUGGAUUGGAGCUAAUUUAGCAUAUUAAUACUAAACAGAAGAACAUUAAAAUUGGAUAUGGUAGUUUAUAGUGCCAUCUAUGAUUCUGAUAUUUUUAGUAAUACCUAUACUGUUUUUCACAUUCAUAUACAAAAAGAGCAAGUAAACAACAAAUGUUGAUAUUUCUUAUGGAAUUUAUGGGUAUCUAUGUAGUGAUUAUAAACAACAUUUAUACUUUUGGGAGUUAGUAACCUUGGAGAUGAAAUUAACAUUAAUCUUUAUUCUAUUCUUUCUUGAUAAUGAUAAGACCAUCCUGAAAAAUCUUAUAUCAAUUUUAAUUUUAUUAGGAUAUUAUGCAUCAAUAAACUCCUUAAAACCUUUUUCAAAGUCAAACUUAAAUAAACUUGAGAAAUCUGGAAUCAUCUUAUGUUGCGUAUUUAUUUCAUUAAAUAUUUUAACAUUGGCAUCUUAGAAAUAUUCUUAUAUCGAAGUACAAUAUCUAACUUAAAUUUUGAUGUUGUUGAUAUUAUUAUUUAUUCUCCUAUACACAUUAUUCAAAAUAUUGAUAGCCUUUGUUAAAAAAUACUAGGAUUUAAUUGAUAUAAUAAGAAUAGCAAUAAACCUAAGAUUUCCUAAUUUAACACAUUAUUGCCCCUUUUUCAAAAAACACUUAAAGGUUAGAUGUGAAACUAGGAAAAAUAUUAUUAAUAAAUUUAAGAGAAUCAAAUCAUAACUGAAACUUAUGAAGCAAAAUAAUAUUAGAAUUAUUAGAAAUCCUAUAAUCAUUCACGAUGAAUUAGUGUCUAACAUUAUACGUUCGGAUCAGAGGCAAUUGAUACAACAAUACUCAAUACAAAACUCGUUUAUGUUUUGA